AUGACGCACUUCCGCAUCGACGUCGUCUCAGACAUCGUCUGCCCCUGGUGCUACGUCGGCCGCAAGCAAGUCCAGCGCGCCCAGCAACUCUGGCUCCAGCGCCACCCUUCAAACUCGUCCGACACCUUCUCCGUCCGCUACGCGCCCUUCCAGCUCAACCCCGACAGCCCCCGCGGGCCCGGCCACAGCAUCGACAAGCAGGGCUACUACGUCCAGCGCUUCGGCGCCGAGCGCACCGCCAUGAUCCAGGAGCGGCUGCGCGCCGUCGGCGAGCCCCUGGGCAUCCACUUCAAGUUUGGCGGCAGGGUGGGAAACUCGCGGGACGGGCACCGGCUGAUUCAUCUCGGGGGCAAGCAUGGCGAGGAGACGCAGCUCAAGGUCGUCGACGGACUGUUUGCGGCGUACUUUGAGAACGAAAAGGACAUUACUGACUACGACGUCCUCCGGGAUGUGGCCAAGGGAGCUGGGAUCCCCGAGGAGGAGUUCAACAAGGCCAUUGUUGAGAGCGAUGAGGGAGGCGAAGAGGUUGAUGCCGCUGCGGGCACGGCGCGGCUCAGGGGCAUCAGCGGCGUGCCGGACUACACGAUCCAGGGCAAGUAUAGGCUGAGCGGUGCGCAGGAUGCCACUGAGUUUGUCAAGGUCUUUGAGAGGGUCAAGGCUGAAGAACAAGCGUGA